GGGGAAAGAUGGCGGAGCGUGGUUACAGCUUUUCGCUGACCACUUUCAGCCCAUCUGGUAAACUUGUCCAGAUUGAAUAUGCUUUGGCUGCUGUAGCUGGAGAAGCCCCUUCAGUGGGAAUUAAAGCUGCAAAUGGUGUGGUAUUAGCAACCGAGAAGAAACAGAAAUCCAUUCUGUAUGACGAGCGAAGUGUACACAAAGUGGAACCAAACACCAAGCAUAUAGGCUUGGUGUAUAACGGCAUGGGCCCAGAUUACAGAGUGCUUGUGCACAGAGCUCGAAAACUAGCUCAGCAAUACUAUCUCGUGUACCAAGAACCCAUUCCCACAGCUCAACUGGUACAGAGAGUAGCUUCUGUGAUGCAAGAAUAUACUCAGUCAGGUGGUGAUCGACCAUUUGGAGUUUCUUUACUAAUUUGUGGUUGGAAUGAGAGGCGACCGUAUUUAUUUCAGUCAGAUCCAUCUGGAGCUUACUUUGCGUGGAAAGCCACAGCAAUGGGAAAGAACUAUGUGAAUGGGAAGACUUUCUUGGAAAAAAGAUAUAAUGAAGACCUGGAACUUGAAGAUGCCAUUCAUACAGCCAUAUUAACCCUAAAGGAAAGCUUUGAAGGGCAGAUGACAGAAGACAACAUUGAGGUUGGAAUCUGCAAUGAAGCCGGAUUCAGGAGGCUUACUCCAACUGAAGUUAAGGAUUACUUGGCUGCAAUAGCAUGAUAA